AUGUCGAUUAACCAUGAUAAUAAUAUUGAAAGUUUAACGGUGAAGGAUGUGCUAGUAGUAGUACAAGAAUUUUUAAAAGAUGACACUGUUGAGGUUGAGGACUAUGGCUUGAAACCUUAUUCAGAAGAUAAACUAGGUCACAUGGGGUCACAUCUUCAAUUGACUAUAACAAUCAAGAACUCACAAACUGAAAUUGAUUUUAUGAACGAAUGCGGUAUGUUCACUGAAGAAUUUGUUUUCUUCCAAAAAGUUAAACCUUUGUUAAUGGAAAAUUAUAAGGAUAAGGCAUGGUCACCAGUUUGCUACUUAGCAAAGAAAGAAUUUCUAGUGAUGGAAGAUCUUAAAAUGAAUAAAUUCGAAUUGUCAAAUAAUUUAUUGGAUAAUACCUGCCAGAUAAAAUCUACUUUAGAAACAUUAGCGAGAUUCCACGCGUGCUCUAUUGUAGCUGAAGCUCGGCUAACUCAGUUACAUAAGAAACCUGUUUUUUUAAACGACUAUUUUCCGAACAAUUUGAAAGAAAAAUUUUUUCCGAACGACACAUCGACAAGACAAUCUACAAUAAACGUCUUGAUUGAAAACACUAUGAAUUUAGUUUUUGCUAUGGCUGAUUCGUUCCAGCGUAGCUCUCAGAAUAUACGUAAACUUUAUAAAAAAUUGUUCGAAGUCGUGAAGCCUUCUAAGAUACAUCGUAAUGUGAUAUGCCAUGGUGAUCUGUGGGCAAAUAAUCUUAUGUUCAAUGAUUCAGAUCCUGAACCACAAUGCGUGUUUGUUGACUUUCAAACUAUGAGAUAUGCUCCAAAUGUGUUGGAUGUUUUGCAGCUUUUAUAUCUGAAUACAACGUUAAAUUAUCGUAAACAACACGAAAAAGAGUUUAUUAGAGUUUACUCUUUGACAUUAGAAAGGACGAUACAAAACAAUGACGAAACAAAUACAGCAGUUGCGCCGACAUUUGAAGAAAAUAUAGAGGCUUAUGAAGAUUUAAGAUUGUUUGGUGCCUCUCUUGCUAGCAUUUAUCUGCCGUUUAUUUUGUUGGAUCAAAAAAUAAUUAACGAACUGUACAAUGGACCGGAUGGGUUUAGUAACGCCUUAUACACAGAUAAGACUGAAAUUACAUUCGCGUACAUGAAACGAAACGAGUCCUAUAAAAAUCGUAUUGAAAAAGUAAUAAAUGAGCUUGCAGACAUCGCCGAUCAGUGA